AUGUGGAACCGCGCUAUGCACAAGGACCGCAAGAUCAUGGCGGGGAAGGACCCGCGGGACCUGUCCGCGUUCGAGCCGUCCGUGGUGAAGCAGAAGACGCGGCUCGUCGUCUCCUUCUACUUCCGCAACUUCGAGCACGGUGAGGCGCUGACCAAGCUGUACCGCGAGUUUGUCGCCAAGGUGAUGGACCUCGCGCGGCAGAAGGCCAUCGGCUGCCCCCAGGAGGAGUCGUUCCACAACACCGAGACGCUCUCCGCGCUCGUCGAGGAGUACAACCUCGCGCCGGUCCUCGCGUCCUCCUGGACGGGCAAGCUCAACCAGACGGAGAAGCUGCAGCUCGAGCGCAAGAUCGGCGACGAGUCACGGCGCAUCGACUUCGGCCUCAAAGUCGCCGCGAGUUGCCUCGACCUCUCCAUCCAGAUCGGCACGCAGCUCACCGUCGACGGCUGCACCCACCUCUACAACGAGGUGACCAGGGAGCUGGUGCCCUUCCCGAUCGUCGACCAGCACGAUCUCGUCUACCUUGUCGUCUACCUCGACCUCGACCUCGGCAUGUGGACGCACGUGAUGGUCGACGAGAUGCAGGACGUGACCCGGAUCCUCUACCUCUUCAUACUGCAACUCGUCCGCCGGCGCGCCAACCUUUUGAUGGCGACGCUCGAGCAGAUGCUGCACGGCCGCGAGCAGUACACCCACAUGCUCAACUACCGCAGCGCCCGCAGCGUCAUCGAGGCGACGCAGCCGGCUCUCGCCGCCACCGGCUCCACCGACACGAUCGUGCAGAUUCGCGACGUCGACGGCGAGUACCGCGAGAAUGUCACCUUCCACUCCCACCCGAUCGUCGCGGGGGAGAGGACCGCCCUGCUCACGCGCAUGGCCGCCACCGUCUUCGAGAUCUACAACGUGCUGCUCUCCAAGGGCUACAUUCACGUCAAGAUGGUCGGCCGCAAGUCCACCCGCGACAAUGUCCUCAAGCUGCUCGGUGAGCUCGAGGGGCCCAUGUCGUCCGUCCUCACGCGGCUCAACCUGCGCCUCGACAGCUCCGCUCCGGCGUCGCAGAACGAGCGCCACGACACCACCCUCGCCCUGCAGGCAUCGAUUACUGCUUGGUCCAAGCUGGCGUCGGCGGGGGACAUCGACGCGCUCGACUCGCGGACCGCGUACUCGGCGUGGCUGGAGAAGGUGUACACCGAAGACGCCGCCGCUGGGGACACGCUCGUCGUCUCCACGAUCCACGGGUACAAGGGCCGGCAGGCGACUCGCGUAUGCAUCUUCCAGCCCGACCACCUGCCGCUGCCCGACCGGCUCAGGCUCAAGGACGACCCGUGGCGGUCGUGGGAGGCGGACGAGGAGCGAUGCAUCUUCAAUGUCGCCCUCUCGCGGGCGGAGGACAGGCUGCAUCUCAUGGUACACCUCGAGGACGGCGCCAACCGCACCGGACUCCUCACCCUGUGGGACGCGCCGGCCGACCUGGAGACCUCGCAGUCAACCGAGGCCACCGCGUCCAUCAUCUCUUCACAGGAGUCCGCCGGCGAGCCGGAUGAGGUGGACGAGGCCACCAACGGCGCCCUCGCCGUGCUGCAGCUCGAGGCCGUGCCGGCCAACCUUCAGGAGCUCGCGGCCGCCGUGCGGCAGAACCUCCGCGCCGCCAACUCGUCCAUCGCCAACUUCGACUCGCCGGCGGUGCAGGCACGCACGCAGGAGUGCUUGGGCGCGCGCCGCCACCUCACCAAGGUGAUCACCCGCCGCAACCUGCAGCGGGUGGACGACGCCAUGGCACUGCACCACUAG